AUGGACCUCAGCACGACUCCUAGAAGAAUGACGGAGACUGUGGCUGACCUUCAGAAAACCCGGGUCGCCAAGAGCGUCUUCAGUAUACGAAGCUUAGUCAACGUCGAGGAGGCAGAACUUCCGGUGGUCGAGGACACGGAAAAGCAAAGUAAGUUGUACACAACGAUCCUUCUUCUUUCCAUGUUCCACCAAAAUUUUCGCUGUUCAAUCAUUUAGUAUGAUCUGUUCAGUGAACGAAUCGAGUUGUGCUCAUAUUGUACAUCUGCCACGCACUCUUAAUUGUCUUUAGAUUUACAUAAUAUCCUCUUUAUUAUAUAGUCUGUAUGCAGCACUACGUUUCUUUUAUUCGAGAGGUACCUUUCAUACGAGGUACAAGGUAG